AUGUGCGACCUCAUUGAGCCGCAGCCGGCCGAGAAGAUCGGCAAGAUGAAGAAGUUGCGGAGAACUUUGUCGGAGAGUUUCAGCCGCAUUGCUUUGAAGAAAGACGACACCACCUUUGAUGAGAUAUGUGUCACAAAGAUGUCUACACGGAACUGCCAGGGAAUGGAUUCAGUGAUCAAACCCCUGGACACAAUUCCUGAGGAUAAAAAAGUCAGGGUUCAGAGGACGCAGAGCACCUUUGACCCAUUUGAGAAACCCGCUAAUCAAGUAAAGAGGGUGCAUUCAGAGAACAAUGCUUGCAUUAACUUUAAGUCCUCCUCCACUGGCAAAGAGUCUCCGAAAGUUAGGCGGCACUCCAGCCCCAGCUCGCCGACAAGUCCCAAAUUUGGAAAAGCUGACUCAUACGAAAAACUGGAAAAACUAGGGGAAGGCUCUUAUGCUACAGUAUACAAAGGGAAAAGCAAAGUAAAUGGGAAGCUGGUAGCCCUGAAGGUGAUCAGGCUGCAAGAAGAAGAAGGUACACCUUUUACAGCUAUCAGGGAAGCUUCUCUCUUAAAAGGACUAAAACAUGCUAACAUAGUGCUGCUUCACGACAUCAUCCACACCAAGGAGACGCUGACACUUGUGUUUGAAUAUGUGCACACUGAUUUAUGUCAGUACAUGGACAAGCACCCUGGGGGGCUGCAUCCAGAUAAUGUGAAGUUGUUUUUAUUUCAGUUGCUGCGAGGGCUGUCUUACAUCCACCAGCGUUAUAUUUUGCACAGAGACCUGAAACCACAGAACCUUCUGAUCAGUGACACGGGGGAGUUAAAGCUGGCAGAUUUCGGUCUUGCAAGAGCAAAAUCCGUCCCUAGCCACACAUACUCCAAUGAAGUGGUUACCUUGUGGUACAGACCUCCAGAUGUCCUCCUGGGCUCGACAGAAUAUUCCACCUGCCUUGACAUGUGGGGAGUCGGCUGCAUCUUUGUCGAAAUGAUCCAAGGGGUUGCUGCUUUUCCAGGAAUGAAAGACAUUCAGGAUCAACUGGAACGAAUAUUUCUGGUUCUUGGAACGCCAAAUGAGGACACGUGGCCUGGAGUUCAUUCUUUACCACAUUUUAAGCCAGAACGCUUUACCCUGUACAGCUCUAAAAACCUUAGGCAAGCAUGGAAUAAGCUCAGCUAUGUGAAUUAUGCAGAGGAUCUGGCCUCCAAGCUCCUACAAUGUUCCCCAAAGAACAGACUAUCAGCACAGGCUGCCUUGAGCCAUGAGUAUUUUAGUGACCUGCCCCCACGGCUAUGGGAACUGACCGAUAUGUCUUCUAUUUUUACCGUCCCAAAUGUAAGAUUGCAGCCAGAAGCUGGAGAAAGCAUGCGGGCCUUUGGGAAAAACAAUAGUUAUGGCAAAAGUCUAUCAAAUAGCAAGCACUGAUGAGCACAGCAUUCUCAAGAAAGCACAGGAUUAAGUUGUCAUCAUUCUGGGAAGAAAAAAAAAACCAUUAAUGAAGUGGCCAAUAAUACGAAGGGAAUGACGGAUCAGUUUCCUUCCCCUCCCUGUGGUGGAUUUCACUCACAAGAAAAUUGAAGCUGGCAAGACCCUGUUUUCUCUGCAAUUUAUUUAAAACCUUGCACGCAUUUGGAUACCUUGUGAUUUCCAAGAACUAUGUGAAGAUUAAGCUUUGCUUAUUGAUACAUGGCAUGUAUUCUUUUCAGUCUUUUGUGUUUGAUUUUGUUUGAUUUCCCUCUGCAGUGCAGCGUCUCUGUAAAGGUUUUUAUGCUUUCACCAGCCAUGUCUUAAAUACAUUAAGACAACACAUUUGGUGUUCACACUUCUUCAGUAAUGUCUGUACUUGAAAGCCACAUAGUGGCAUAAAACAAUGUGUGUUUUCUUUAAGAGCAGUGUACAUUUUGCAACCCCCAGGAAGGAAAUUUUUAGCUAAAGCAAACCCCUGUUCUGAGGCUGACUUGACAACUUGGUCCCUAGCUGUGGGGCCCACUUGUCGCUUACCUUUUGAGGACAUCUGCAAAUGUGGCUUUUUUCUUGGAAAUAACUGCACAUGUACAUAGGAUAUUGGAAUCUGCUUAGCAUUUUCAAGCCACAUAGCAUGACUGUUUUGCAAGGAGGUUGGAAGUAAAGAAACAAAUCUCAAGCAUUAAGAACAAAG